AUGCCACGUGAAAUUAUCACCUUGCAAGCAGGUCAAUGUGGAAAUCAAAUCGGAGCCGAGUUUUGGAAACGAUUAUGUGCAGAACAUGGAAUUGGUCCCGAAGGCAUUCUAGAAGAUUUUGCAGUACAAGGAGCCGGUGAUCGUAAAGAUGUAUUCUUCUAUCAGGCCGAUGAUGAACAUUUUAUUCCACGUUCAGUUCUGGUCGAUUUGGAACCUAGAGUCAUUGAUGGUAUUCAGAAAAAUCCUCAAUUAAAGAACUUGUUCAAUCCCGAGAAUAUUUACUUGCCGGGUGAUGGUGGAGGUGCUGGUAAUAGUUGGUCUUGUGGAUUUCAGUUAGCGGAAAAAUAUCACGAAGAAUUAAUGGAUAUUAUUGAUCGAGAGGCUGAUAAUAGCGAUUCCAUGGAAGGCUUUGUAUUGCUGCACUCGAUUGCUGGAGGUACAGGAAGUGGUUUGGGCUCGUACGUUUUGGAAAAACUUAAUGAUCGAUAUCCUAAAAAACUCAUUCAAACGUAUUCUGUAUUUCCAUCGAAUCAAGGUGUGAGUGAUGUGGUGGUACAACCUUAUAACUCAAUGUUGGCACUGAAACGAUUAAUUCUUAACGCAGAUUCGGUUGUCGUUUUGGAUAAUACAGCUCUCAAUCACAUUGCUACGGAAAGACUAAAAAUUGCAAACCCUAGUGUGGAUAAUAUUAACAGUCUAGUAUCUACAGUGAUGGCAGCCACGACCACAACUCUAAGAUAUCCAGGAUAUAUGAAUAACGACUUGGUAGGACUUAUUGCAUCUCUGGUGCCAACUCCAAGAUGUCACUUUUUAAUGACCAGUUACACUCCACUCAGUGUGGUUGAUAAUCAAGCUAAAAUUCAAAAAACAAGUGUUCUUGAUGUGAUGAGACGACUCCUCAAUCCCAAGAAUAUCAUGGUCAGCACGAACACAAAGAAGGGCUGCUACAUUUCCAUUCUCAAUAUUAUACAGGGAGAGGUUGAUCCAACCCAAGUGCACAAAUCAUUAAGCUUGAUACGAAAGAAAAAUUUAGCUAACUUUAUACCUUGGGGACCAUCUUCCAUACAGGUCGUACUCAGUAAGAAAUCGCCGUACAUUCAAACACAAAAUCGUGUCAGUGGUUUGAUGAUGGCCAAUCACACGAGCAUUGCAGGACUCUGUCAAAACAUUAUGAAAAAUUUCCAAAAGCAAUACGAACGAAAGGCCUUCAUGAAUAAUUUCUCUGAACCAUUUUAUGAAGGAGAAUUUGAUGAUUGUACUGAAGUCAUCACUGGCUUGAUUGAGGAAUACAAAAACUCUGAGAGUGAAAAUUACUUGUCGAUGCAACAAUAA